CUCCAUCAGGGAAACUGGACAUCUGGAGAGAAAUUACAUCAGCUUCAGGGGGGCAGAACGUGACCUUGUUCUGGAAGCAAGCACCAAGUUUUCAAGCAAAUGGAGAAAAUAUUUCAUAUGAACUAACCUGGGAAAAAGAAGAUGGCUCUAAACCUGAAAGCAUCUCACUUGCAUCAAUCUGCAACAGCACAAGGAUUUUCAUUGACAACUAUUCCUACAGAAUCAGUAUCAAGGCAAAAAACAAUGUUAAUUUUUCACUUCCUUCAGUAUUGAUCAUCCCUAGAGCUACAGGCACUGAAGAGCUUAAAGAAGAACAGGUUAACGGUACAGAUGAUGGAAUUUUUAUUUCCUGGGAGCCCAGACACAUAUAUGACAGUUACAUUAUUGAUUGGUGUGACUUUCCAAUGUCACAGCCUUGUGAUUUGCAGUGGAGGAGGUUUGGGCCCAACGUUUCCAGUGCUCUGAUCAACUCAGCUGCUUUUGUUCCGGGGGUAAGAUACAACUUUGGUGUCUACGGAUCUGUUGCUAAUAGAGCCUCCUUACUGGAGAAGAAGACUGGUUAUCUCAGGGAGCUACCUCCUCUGUUUGACCCUGUUGUGGAAAAGGUGGAGCUGACCCUCAAUGCAGUAACGCUGUCUUGGGAUUCUUAUCGCACGAAUGAGUCACAGCCUGGUUUUGUAAGAGGCUACCAUGUUUAUGUGUCGCCUGUACAAGGGGACUGCAGUUUGAAAGGAUCCAAAAAACACGUUCUUCCAGAUGUUGAUUCAGUGCUGUGUAAAUACACAGUUGAGAACCCUGAAGAGAAGCGAUACAGGGUGGAACACCUGCUGCCAAACACCAAGUACAGGCUGGCGGUUAAAGCCUAUACGGGCGGAGGAGAGACUCCCACGGCCAACUUCAUAUACAUAGAUACACCCUUUGACUGUGACAUGCUGUAUCUUCUCAUCCUGCUAGUGAUAGUCCCAUCGUUGGUGGCAGCUGUGUGCCGCUGGAAGAUGAGGUGGGUGAAGGAGAGCUGCUGUCCUGUAAUACCUAGUCCUAACAAGAGCCAAGUGCUGUCAUUCAAAGAGUUCAAGAUUGGUUCUGAGAAAGUAUUGAAAAUAAGUGACUGUGUUCCUGACAUGCUAGCAGUGGACAGUAAGGUCGAGGGCCAGAAAUUACAUCUGUGGAAUCAGCUGUCUCCAGUGCCAGCAGAAGAUAAGACUGAUGCUCAAAAUUCUUCCUGGAUGUACUCUAAUGAAAAUGAAGAGAGAGACUUAACUCCCAGAUCUAUACCUCAGAAUCAUACUUGGUUUGAAAAUUUUGUUUAUUCUUCUCAUCUUGCAGUUGAAUCUGAUCCCUAUCAAAUAUUGGAGACACAAGAAACGAGCAUGUCAGGACUGCCAGCGGUGCUGUACCAGCCACACUACUACUUUGAUAUUUUAAAUGAAGAUCCUGUCUCAACACCCAAGGAAACAGCUGGCAGAAGGACCAGUGUGAGAUACAUUUCACAAACAGAUGUGCACUGCCUUGGGAGGAGACUUUGA